AUGCAAGCCUCGCAAGCCCAACUGCAGCCACAACAGGCGCCGCCGGUUGCCGCCCCGCUUCCGUCAGCGGCGGCGCAACAAGGAUCGGCGGCGGCGCCGGCAGUGUCGCACUACUCAUCACAGCACUUGUCACAGGUGCCGGCUGCGCAACCCGGUCUGGCGCCGCAAUCGCAAGGAGUUGUUCAUCAACAGCGCCCAGUGUCGCAAGGUAUAAACUAUACGACGCAAACGUCACAAUCGCAGACGCCGGCUCAGCAGCAGGCUCCCCCGCAACAGCAUUUCCCUCACCAAGGACUCAACGGCGGAUGGCAAAGCGAUAAGGACUAUCAAGAGCGCCGGAAAAUGAUCGCCAAGAUUGUGCAUCUACUGCAACAGCGCAAGCCGAAUGCUCCGCAGGAAUGGUUGAAGAAACUUCCGCAAAUGGCGAAAAGAUUGGAAGAGUCGCUGUAUCGCACAGCAACGUCCUUUGAAGAGUAUAACGAUGCCAACACGUUGAAGCAUCGUUUGCAGCAGUUGGCGGUGAACAUUGGCCAAAAGACCAAGAAGCUGCAACAACAGCAGGCGUUGUUGGCUCAACAGAGACUACAGCAGCAGCAACAACAACAACAGGUUCGGCAGCAGUCUGAUACAACUCAGUACACUCCCCAGGUACCGCCAUCUACUUCACAGCAAGCAUUAAUACAGCCGCAGACGCAGCAAGGUCUAAUACCUCAAGUGAAGAGCGCCGCGCCACCUGCGUCACAAGUACAAGGUCAACGGAUGGUAAACAUGUCGGAAAUCAACCCGAUAAUGGGACAACCGACCCAACAACAGCAAAGCGCCCCAGCUCCACAACCGCCGCCUCUCCAGCAAGUGCAGUACACACAAAAGCCGCCCGUGGCCCCCAUUUCAGCCCCCACUCCUCAGGCUCCCGCACCGGCCGCAAACGGCCCCAAUGGCCAGGCUUCUGGUCGACAAGUUUCGGAUCGUCAACAGGUGUUACGCCAUCAACAGCAACGGCUGCUGCUACUGCGACACGCUGCCAAAUGUCAGCAUGAAGACGGAAAAUGCCCAGUAACGCCGCAUUGCGCUGGGAUGAAGAGAUUGUGGAAGCAUAUUGCCGAAUGCAAGGAUCAAAAAUGUCUUGUACCGCAUUGCGUCAGUUCCCGGUACGUGUUAAGUCAUUAUCACCGAUGCAAGGACGUUCGUUGUCCAGUGUGUGGCCCAGUAAGGGAAGCCAUUCAUCGAAGCCACGAAAAGCAGAAACAGAUGCAGGCCCUAAAACAGCGACAUCAGCAGGCCGUACAGCAACAGGGCCAACCUCAGAAUGCGACUUCAGCGCCCGCCGCUAUCGGUGCUUUGCCAGUCCCCGCUCCUCCUGGACAUAGUUUGGAACCUGUUACCAAGAAACAGCGCACCGCGCCCAUUACAGCUUUGAGAGCUCCGAUCAUGCCAGUUCAGCGACUUCAGCAGCCACCAGGUACUCGUCCGGCCGUUUCGCAUCCAACCACAGUAAGACCUGGAUAUACCGGAAGUCAACCUCCCAUCACUUCUGGUCCUGGUGGUCCACCGGUUGCGCAAGUACCUGGCCUAGCGUUUGCGAACGGACAAGUAGUAAUGCCGAAACAUUCAGGACCAAAGCCACAAGAAGAUCACACUUUGAUCAACUGCUUCUCUGUCCAGCAAAUUGAGACGCACAUAUCUUCCUUGAGCAAUGGGUUGGUCCUGCCUCCGCAGAAAUUGAAAACGAAAGGAUUGGACGCUCUUAAAACGCUGCAGUCGCACCAACAUGCGUGGGUAUUCAACACUCCAGUGGAUCCCGUGGAACUCGGCUUGCCGGACUACUUUGAGGUCAUCAAAAAACCAAUGGAUCUAGGGACAAUAAGGAAGAAGCUCGAAAAUGGCGUUUAUCAGAGGCUGGACGACUUCAAAGAGCAUGUACUGCUUACAUUUGAUAACGCCAUGAUGUACAACCCGGAGGGUUCGGUUGUGUAUAACAUGGCUAAUGAAAUGAAGGUAAAGUUUCAGAGCGACUUCGUAAAGCUCAUGGAACAACUGAACGCCGAAGAAGAUGUCAAGCGAAAGAACGGGGAGGCCUGUUGUUUAUGCGGAUGUGAAAAGCUGCUAUUUGAGCCUCCUGUAUUUUAUUGCAACGGAAUAAAUUGCCCUUCGAAGCGAAUUCGGCGAAACAGUUAUUACUACAUUGGAGGGAACAACCAAUAUCACUGGUGUCACCAGUGCUAUCAAGAACUCCGCGACAAUUCAACCAUUGAUUUAGGCGACCUUUCCGUUAAAAAAGAAAGUCUCGUGAAGAAGAAGAAUGACGAGGUGCACGAAGAGAGCUGGGUACAAUGCGAUCGUUGUGAAAGAUGGGUUCAUCAGAUUUGUGCUUUAUUUAACACUCGGCAAAAUAAGGAUCAGCGAUCCGAAUACGCUUGUCCGAAGUGUACAAUUGACGAACGAAAGGCAAAAGGCGAGCUUGAGGCAAAAUCGUCAACUCCGAUGGCAGAGGACCUCCCUCGUACCAAGCUGUCCGAGUACUUGGAGAAUCAUGUGCGUGAGAAGGUCGAUGAGUUCGUUGAACAGAGGUCGCAGGAUAUGGUUGUUGCUCAAGGUUGCUCUAUUGAAGAAGCCAGAAGCAAACUUAAGAUGGGAGGUGCAAUCACUAUCCGACAGGUAACUUCCAUGGACAGACGACUUGAGGUCCGAGAUAGAAUGAAGCAACGCUAUGCAUUCAAAAACUACCCGGAAGAAUUCAAUUUUCGGUGUAAAUGCAUCGUUGUCUUCCAGAAUUUGGACGGCGUUGAUGUUGUUUUGUUUGGCCUUUACGUAUACGAGCAUGAUGAGAAAAAUCCUGCCCCCAACAAGCGGGCCGUCUAUGUGUCCUAUCUCGAUAGUGUUCAUUACAUGAGACCACGUGAUAUGCGUACUUUCAUUUACCACGAAAUUUUAAUAUCUUAUCUUGAUUACGUCCGGAGGCGUGGAUUUUCGACUGCUCACAUUUGGGCUUGUCCGCCGCUUCGCGGAGACGACUACAUCCUUUACGCAAAACCAGAGGACCAGAAGACCCCGAAAGACGAUCGAUUGCGUCAGUGGUACAUAGACAUGCUGAUUGAGGCCCAAAGGCGAGGGAUUGUUGGGAAACUUACCAACAUGUACGACCUCUAUUUUUCCAACGAGAAAAACGAUGCAACGGUUGUCCCCUACAUGGAUGGUGACUACUUUCCUGCUGAGGUUGAGAAUAUCAUCAAGGAUAUUGAGGAAGGCAAGACGGGAAAGAAAGGCAGUUCGCAAGGCAAAAAGAAAAAAGAAAAAGCCAAACAGAAGAAGAAGUCAGGUCGUGGCGGAACUCGGUCUACGGGAUUGGAUGAAGACGCUCUUAAAGCGAGCGGAUUUCUGCCACCCGGUACUGAUUCAAAAAGUCUAGAAGAAGGCGCUCGAGACUACGUCAUGGUGAAACUUGGUGAGACCAUCCAGCCCAUGAAGGAAAGUUUCAUUGUGGCUUUCUUAGGCUGGGAAGGGGCGAAAGAGGGAGACAUGGUUGUUCCCAAUGAGAUCCAAGAGCACCGUGACCUGCAUGAGAUCACUUGGAAACUUAAAAGCAGUAGCACCAAAGCUGAUACAGUGGAGACUAUCGAGAACGAAAGCGAUAGGCAACAGGACGCCGAGAUCAAAGAUUCUAGGGAUAAAAAAGGGGACAGUUCGAUAAAGUUAAACGGUACUACUUCAAAGAAGCCGGAUGACACGUCCUCAAGCUCAGGAAACAUCGAAGACACUGCCAGCACACAUAGGGCUCAUGUUGACACACCGAUGGAAGGGAUUGUAAAAAAUGAAUUUACCGAAACCAAUGGAAUUUUGCAAUCCUCACCUCAAGAGAAUAAAGACUCUGAAUCCAUCAACGCUCCUGCGCUUCGUGUUGGAACUGAGGCUAUUGAUCGCCCGGAUGCUCCGCAGUCCGCGAUAACUGCAGCACCAAACACUAUUUCUAUCCGAGAGGGAAAAUUCGCUGCUAUGGCGGCCCGGAAACGUGAUAGAGAAGGGGAGCCGAAAGAGCCCGAGGAGGUGGAAAGUACAAGUGAGAAGACGAAGGAAGAAAAGCUGACUUCCAUAACAGUGACUGAUAGCAAGGGCCGUACUGUGAAAGUUUUGGAUGACGACGAGGAGGAACUUGACUGCGAGUUUCUAAACAAUCGACAGGCGUUCUUAAAUCUAUGUCAAGGAAAUCACUACCAGUUUGAUCACCUGCGCCGCGCAAAGCACUCCUCCAUGAUGGUUUUGUGGCACCUUCACAACAGGGAUGCACCAAAAUUUGUGCAGCAAUGUGCGACUUGCUCCAGAGAACUUCUUACCGGAUAUCGCUUUAAUUGUCCUACAUGUGGGGAUUUCGAUCAGUGCCAAGACUGCAUUUCCAACCCGAAGGUUCCUCGGCACCCGCAUCAGCUCAAGCCUAUUCCGGUGGCCAAUGCGCAACAAAACGAAUUGACGGAAGCGCAACGCAAGGAACGACAGCGCAGUAUCCAGCUUCAUAUGACUCUUUUGCUGCAUGCUGCUACGUGUAGCUCGCCGAAGUGUCCGUCAGCCAAUUGUACAAAGAUGAAGGGUCUUUUAAAGCACGGCGCGCAAUGCCAAGUGAAGGCCACUGGCGGUUGCAACGUAUGCAAGAGAAUAUGGGCUUUACUGCAAAUUCAUGCUCGUCAGUGCAAAGCGAAGUCUUGCCCUGUUCCGAAUUGUAUGGCAAUCCGUGAAAGAGUUCGCCAAUUGAAAAAGCAACAACAGGCGAUGGAUGACCGUCGUCGCCAAGAAAUGAAUCGAGCUUACAGGGGGAAGCGCUAA